GAUGUAGGUCUCCUCCCACCUACCCCGCCUCUCCGUCCAGCUUCGCCCCCCCCUCUUUACUGACAGAAAUGAGCCCACCCCUCAGAGCGGAAUACGGCCCAGCCGCGUAGGGACGUCGAACAUUCACGGCACCCAUGUGGCCGUGGUAGCUGCCUUCAACGAAGAUGCACGCCUGCCUCUGCCCUACGGUCAAGCUCGAGUGGCAAGUACCGUCGUUCGUGAAGUCGUAGACACUCUUUUUACAACAGACAUGCAGGCGCAAGCUGGCAAUAUUCUCCUUGGCUGUGCCAUCGGCAUGGUCGGGUCAAUCAUCGGAAUGCUGGCAUUCUUGCUUCUAUCCCAGCGAAGGAAAGCGGCCCGGCAGCGGGACGUCCUACGAAGCGCCGAAGAAGGCAACGAAAAGGCCGAACAGGCGACCGAAGCGCCCGCUGAAUUCCUGCCUCCUGCUCGGCCAAAGACUCCAACUCGGAUUCCAGGCGCUUCACCACCUCCCCGCCGGAAACCCGUCCCCACUCGUGUUCCUCUGACUUUGGAUAUCCCACCGCUGAGCAAUCCCACUCUCACUAAAUGUCGGUCUCUGGCAAGGACUUUGAAGACCACUAUCGAGCAAUUGAAUACCUCGCCCCCCCAAUCACCCCGCUCAUCGCCGCUACCAUCUCCGCUGCCAUCGCCACCACCGUCCUUACUGCCAUCGCCCCUCCCGUCGCCCCUACCAACAAGCACAUCUCCCACGUUCCCUGAGAGCCAUGCGGGAUUUCGCUUCGACUUCGAGCUUCCCAAGAUUGAUACUGAGAUCGAUCGUACGCCGAUGAGUCUCACCGUCGAGGAACUCCAGGGCGGCCGCGGUUCCUUGAUAGUCAUCGCACAGACGAACGCCGCUCGGGCUGUGUCGACAGGAACCGCAGUAGAGCGGCCUUAUCUGACGCCGCCGCUUCCGCUUCCGCUGCCGUCCGCAAUAUAUGCCGCGUCGAGCGCUCGGAGUUCGCAGGCAAGCUAUACCAUCGAUUGUGGAUUCCAAUGAUCUUAUGCACGCGCGAGGGUCUUUAGCAUGUGUUUUCCUUCUUUCAUUCUGUCUUUCGUUUUAUUUAUUUUCACGGUCCGGUUCGGGGUUUCUUCCCUCGCCAGCUGCAGGGCAGUUGACGUGGGCAUGGGUUUUACAUGGUUAUGGAUAACGACUUGGACUGGGAGCAGGAGUUCUGGGCUUUUCAUUGGGGCGGUUGGGUGUGUUUUUUUGGGUGUUCAAAAAUGUCACGGUCUUUUUAUACUACAGAAGGGUUUAGUUAUUGAAUUUGAAUAAAGCUACAAUCGUUUUCGAGCAAAA